AUCAAUAUUUCCCGCGCUUGUUUGACAGAUCCAGUGAAAAAAACGCAUCAAUGUGAAUUUUGCUUAAAUUGCAGAAAUAAUGUACGAUGUGGAAAAGUUUAAGAAAAUCGAGAAGAUUGGCGAAGGAACUUAUGGUGUUGUGUACAAGGCAAACGACAAGAAGACCGGAAAAUGCGUAGCCCUCAAGAAAAUUCGACUUGAAAGCGAAUCCGAAGGGGUUCCCUCAACAGCCAUCCGAGAGAUAUCCCUCCUGAAGGACUUGAAGCAUCCCUCCAUUGUCAAUCUCUUCGACGUUAUCCUCGGAGAUGGGAGCAUUUACAUGGUGUUUGAGUGUCUCAAUAUGGACUUGAAGAAGCUCUUGGAGCAGAGGCGCGAUCUCCUCACUCCAAAGCUUAUCAAGAGCUACAUGCACCAAAUGCUUGAUGCCCUCGCCUUUUGCCACGUCCACCGGAUCCUCCAUCGAGAUCUCAAACCACAGAACCUCCUGGUGGACACAGAGGGGCACAUUAAACUCGCUGACUUUGGCCUGGCGCGAUGCUUCAACAUCCCCAUGGGCUCCUACACGCAUGAAGUCGUCACCCUGUGGUAUCGUGCCCCGGAGAUUCUCCUCGGAACCAAGUUCUACUCCACCUCCGUGGAUAUCUGGAGUUUGGGGUGCAUUUUCGCGGAAAUGAUCACGAAGCGCCCCCUCUUUCCCGGUGACAGUGAAAUUCAUCAACUCUACAAGAUUUUCGAACUUCUCGGUACACCCGACAACUCCACAUGGCCAGGAAUCACCCAAAUGCCCGAAUACAAGACAAUCUUCCCCCGAUGGGAACGACAAUCCUUCCCCGCUGAGAUUGUCCGCCAGAAUGCUCACAUACUCCUGCAGCAGCUGCUCGAGUACGAUCCCACAAAACGCAUUUCCGCCCGCAAUGCCAUGCAGGAUGGCUACUUCAGUGAUCUCGAGCACGUCAAAUCCGUGGAUUUACCCGCUGAUUCCCCCUGAUACUCGCACACAGAAAUUUUGUAAUCUUCAUUUGCCAUAUGGAUUGCUUAUAAUGAAAUUAAAUAAUUAAGAAGAAAAAAAUACAAA